AAUGGUCAAGAGUACCGAGGAAUAUGUUAGUAUACGUUUUAACAAGAAAUUUACAUUUUUACUCAAGUUAUCGCUUGCACAGACAGACCGACAGACAUCCAGAACUCAACGCGUCUUUCCUUCUGAUCAUUUUAAUAUUGUAUAUAAAUAUAUAUAAUCAUUAGUUUUAGGUUUGUUGAACCAAAAAUGUUUUACUCUGUGCAAUAUGGGGUUAAUUACAAACAGAAAAAUUAAAUGAACUUGUACGAGUCAUGUGAGUGAAUUUUUUGAAACGAGUAUAUCAAUAUCAGUACAAAAGCUGGGUAUGACCCUUCAGACCCAAAUUGUACGUAAAUUAAUUUUAAACCGGAACAUAAAAGCGUGCGAUAACCAACAGCUGCCACCUCCUAAUCCAGGGUGUUAUGCGACUCCCGUGCCCAUUGGAUGAUUUGCAGACAGGAGGUAAAUUCGGCUGUAUUUUAACGGAGCCUUCUCAAUACCGGGCUGCAUUGGGAAGUAACGGUGGCCUAACCCCGCCAAGGGGCUCUGGCGCGAUGGACUUUUGCGUUCCCUUUACUAAACGUUGACCGGACGGCUCGCCACGUCGAGCCCACGGUCGUAAGAACAAGAUGAAUAACAACAACGGACACAACAAGGCAACAAAAACUACGAAUAGACAAAGACAAGACCAAUAAAACAAGCACCGGUGCAGGUAAGGGAAGUUCAGGGGCUAAACAGAAGUUCAGCUUCCUGGACGCGCUGUCGCCAAAAGAGUGGGCACUGUUUGAGGAGCAUGCAAGGGACGAUGACGACGACAUGCCCUCGGGUGGCAACGCGAAGGACGGCAAAGACGACGACCAGCUGGUCACAGGGGAUGGUCUGGGCAUACUGCUGAUCCAGGAGCCAUGGAUCUACACAGGAGAGGUCAGAGGCCUCAAAACGGUGAAUAAUAAGGUAAUCUGGUCGCUGUGCAGGCUAAAAGCAACGAAGGAGAUGACUUUGUCCUGGACGCGGCCUACUUUCCGAGAGACACACUGACAUCACCCCCAGAGGCCGUCGGAAACCUUGUGGAAUACUACAGCAGGAAUAACCUGCCCCUCGUCCUGGGAUGCACCGCCAACGCCCAUCACACGGAGUGGGGCAGCACGGACUGCAAUACACGGGGUGAGUCUAUGCUUGAAUUUAUAGUCAGUAGGAAUUUAAGUAUUGAAAACGUGGGGUGCGAACCCACCUUUGUAACCAGUGCAAGAAGGGAGGUGCUUGGCAUCACUCUUGACAGCAGGGUGUCUGCACUACACCAUUCCAUUAUAGAUGAUCAUGUUUCCAAACAGGGAUCGCAUCGCUUCACUAGCACCUAGCAGUAUAUUGGAUUUCAUCAAUAUGCUGCGGCUAGAUGAGUCGUUGUGACCUAAGAGAGGGCAGAAUAGACCAUAGGUCGCGGUGCAUACCUCUAUCCUUAUCUAAUCUAAUCUAAUAAAAGCAGCUUACCGAUAAAAAAACAAACAUACUAUAAGCAGCGGUUGUGUCUCUCUACUGAUUAUAAUUCGUAGGACUGUCCUGCUUUCCACUUAUCACCAAAACGUUUUUGAGCUCAAUAUAUAAAUAUGUUGAAUGAAUAAAUAUAAAAUAAUCAGAAAUUAAAUCAGUUUUAUUUCUGCAUUGUACAACAAACGACUAGUUACUCAUUUCUGAAGUAAACUUGGACGGGUAAAAUUAUAAAGAAUCCAAAAAAUUUAAUUUCACAUUCUUGAGGUUGUUCCUGGAGUAGACUCUGAGUUGAGAUAUCCUUAUUGACAACCGUGGUAUAGUACUUAGAGAUGCAAAGGCAACCAACCGACUUCUCAUAAGAAUCGUCAGCCGUUCAGAGGUGGCUUUAAAUUUGUAGAUUCCCUCAUUUUGUGCGUCAAAUUCCAAGUGCAAAUGAAGAUUUAGUGAAAAGAACGUGUAUUUUAUAAGCAAUAAGAAAGAAUAGUUUUUUAAAUAUAUACCUACGUAAUACUUGUAAAUAUAAAGGGCGUUUCGUGAUAAUAUAAUAAAUAUAGGUAUGAGAAAUGCUAAAAACACUAUUUAUAAAUUAAGAACGGUUGAACCGAUUUGGCUGAAAAUUGAGAAUUGCGAAAAAAAAAUGGUAUUUAUUGCACUCAUCGUCGCGCUUCUUCAAGCGGCGAGCACAGAGGGAUCUAACCACGAGCCUUCUCUGGACGAUGUGCCACUUUCAAUUUAUGUAGAUGCCAGUAAGGAAAUAGACUAUUUUAUUAGCUUGGCGAAAUUAAUCGAUGAAAAACAAAGAAUUUUAGAGGAGGCAUUGGCAAGGCUGUCAGCGGAAGUCAAAGCAACGGAGGAAAGGUGGAAUGAAAGGCUGUCAGCGGAGGUCAAAGAAACGCAGAGGUUGAAUGAAAGGCUGUCAGCGGAAGUCAAAGCAACGGAGAAAGGUGGACUGAAAAAUCACACGUGCUAUUUUCACCUAAUUUAUUGUUUAUUUGUCUUCAUAUUGCAAUGGUGUCCAGAGAGCUUAUCUACUUACAUAAAUUUACUCACCAAGUUUGAAUAUUAUUUCUUCCAUUUUUAUAUCUUUAAUUUUGGUUUCUAUCAACAAUCUACUUACAGUCCCGAUAUUGCCACUCUUCAUAAACGUCCAGCAGAGCUUGCUUGCGAGAAGAUAACAAGUAAACUACAAUCGAUUGGAGUGACAAGUAUUACUGAUGCAGCCGUUCACUUAGGGGCCUUUACUGAAGGUGGUUUUAAACUCUGGGAAUUAUGUUAUUUCGCUCUGAUCGACACACGUUUUGUGUUAACUGCGGCAGAUUGCUUGUCUUCUCAUAACGUUACAACGCUGGAACUGAACUUGUACAUUGUAUUGAAGAAAGUGAAGGCAAUUCACAUACAUCCCGAGUUUUCAAUAAAUCCGGCGCUUAAUAAUAUUGGGUUGAUUGAAAUGAACAGUGAAGUGGAAUACACUUUCGACCUGUAUCCAGCUUGUAUGUACACUUCAGCAUUCAAUCCAAAGAGUGGCCUCAUGGAAAGAGGUACGAAAGUUCAGAUUGUGGCAGACUCGGAAUGUCUUAAUAAGCAUACUACUCAACUACUCCCCAAUCAAAUGUGUGUAAAGAGCUUGACUCACAAUUGCCGUCAGAAGGGUGAACCAAUAUUUGUUAUAAACGAAGAAACAUUCAGCAAACACCAGCUGGUCGGAAUUAUAGGAAAGCGAUCUUGCAUUGAUGAACCCUAUGUGAUAACAAAUGUGUUUGCAUACUUAGACUUUAUAGAAAGCAUUGUCUGGCCGAAAAAAGAAAAUUGAAAUUUAAAUGGAAACAAUAAAUUUAUAGGGUUUUACUCACCAUAUUUUUAA